CCGUCAUUGACAUUGGAUAACCUCGCGCCCAUGAAGACUGAUAUGAGGCCUACAAGAUUCACGACUUAACACAUCUCUCCGUCUCAGCAUGUCUAUAUCGGAUCUCAAUCCAUUCCUCCUCGCCGCUCUCACUCCCGACCCAGAUUCUCGCCUGCUGCCACUCCUUCGAGCGAAACCCGAACUCGCUUCUGCCCAAGAUGCUCAUGGCUAUUCUCUGCUACAUGCUGCAUCUUCCUACAACCAUGUGGAACUCCUGCGGUCACUGGUUCACGAGUUCAAUGUCGAUGUGAACCUCAAAGAUGAGGACGGCGAGACCUGCCUGUUUGUCGCCGAGACUGUAGAGGUUGCGAAAUGUCUAGUCGAAGAAUUGCACGUUGAUCUAGGCGUUCGGAAUGAUGAGGGCAUGACAGCAGCGGAGAAAUUCGAGUCCGAGCAAGAAUACCCAGAAAUCGCAGAAUAUCUUCAGCCCCACGCUGCUCAAAACACGACUGCAGAUGCGGCAUCGAGUCGAGCUGGACCCGUUUCAAAUGGCAUCCAGCAUCCCCCACCUCUCCCACCAAACGUAACCUUCAACAUCGACACUGCACCAAGUGCGACGGGUAGCAGCAUGGACCAGGAACCUGACCCGGAGUUUAGGAGGAGGAUCGAAGAGCUAGCGGCCAGGGAGAAUUUCCACACCGACGAAGGCCAGAGAGAGUUGCGCGAGCUGAUCACGGAUGCCGUCAGAGGUGUCGGGAGCGAGGAAAGAGACGUUCGGAGACGACUCGGAUGAUCGUCUGAAAUGGGUCCAGCUUAGAAUAGGAAAAGAUCACGAAAAGGUGGCGAGUUUCUUGAAUCAGUACGGGCGAAUGAGAGGUGUUGGAACAGGCACGAAAUCUUCGCAUCAGAUAUACUACAGGGUAUCUGAGGAUAUGUGCAGAGGGCUGGUGUGUGCUCAGUCGUUCAUCUGCCAAUUGUCAGCAAGCUGUACCGGUAUUGGCGAGAGAAAGGCCAAAGACACAUGCUUGGAUAGCACAGUCUUUCGUGGGGAAAAUGUACCCAUGCAGCAACUCGCCCACCUCCUAUCCUUGCUGCAAAGCGCAGACCCGUGCUUCCCAUUGGGAAAUAGCUGACCAGGUACCACACCAACGCGACGAGCUGGACAAUGGACGAAACCAGGGUCAGGAUGGUGGAAUGGAGCUUCAGGUCAGGUCAGCAACGAUAUUUGAUGAACAAGGCGGCAGUCAAUACGUACGCCGACGGCGAAGUAAAUGGUCAUGACAAUGGAGCCAAAGUAGGCUGCGGUGAAAGGCAGUCGAGGACCGGACAUGAGGUGAACGGCAUAUUGGUAAGGGCCCAUCAAGAAUGCCCAAGAUGCGAGGAACAGCAUGGAACCGACGGACCACCUAUCGCGACGCGUCAGCCACACAGACAUCUCCAUGCAUACGGAUGCAUAAACCCAAGAUCCCGAUUGCCCAACAGGACGACAAGCGAGAGUCGAACGCCCAGGGUAUGAUCUCCAGCAUGAACCCUCAUUCUUGUAAUGGAAGAAGCUGACAUCAUCAUGGGGUUACGCGUUGUCACAUGGCCUGUUGACUUGGACCGAAAUGGUGUGCAGCCACAACCCAAGAAAGGAAAAGGUAGAAACACUUACAGAAUAGCAAACUUUCGAGGCUUGAGUGAGAGCACUGGGAACAGUGCAAAACAGAUAACAAAGCAUGCCAAAGCGGCAAGAUUGCAUCCACCAAAAAUAAGAAGUCGGUCCCAUCGGCUUACUGUAGAAGCAGUGGUGUCAGCACAUGUUGGCCAUCAGAAUG